GUGUUCAGAUCUGCUGGAGGAUCAUCAUCAUCAUCUGUGGACUUACAGCGAUCAUAACCGCUCAUAACAUCCUCCCUUAAAUUGUGCUGAUCAGCGUGAUUACCGUCAUGAGCUGAGUAAGUGAAGGAACUUCUCCCGGAGCCAGAGCGCAGAGAGCGGGUGUGCGCGGUGUGUGUGGCCGGGGCAGAACGCUGGAGGAGCGGCUACUGCAGAGCUGGAGGAGCGCCGGAGCGGAGCGAAGCAUGCGGGACUCUGCGUGGCGUCUGCUGCUCACACACUGCCUGCUCUGCUGCCAGGUGGAGCUGCAGUGGUCCUGCUGUCAGCAUGAGAUGAGCAGUGGAGCUGAGGGCUUUCAGCUGUGUGGGUGUAGGCUGUAUCCUCCUCCUCUUCCUCCUCCACCUCCUCCUCCUCCUCCUCCACCAGGACUGCCGUCUCCAGCUGCAGUGGCUCCUGCAGUCCUGUGCGCCCCCUGGUGGACGGAGCUGCUGGUUUUGGGCUCCACGGGGUCGGCACUGACCGCCGUCCUGCUGCUGACGCUCAUCUACUGCUACAAGGCCAUCAGAAGGAAACCCCUGAUGAAGGAGACAGCGGAGGUGUCCAUCUCCAUCAGGACGAGCAGCAGUGCAGUGGUCUGAGCCUCACUGAAGGAUACAAACACACACUGCGACUCCAUUCAGCGACGUACACUGCGUCCUUAUAGUCUCUAUUUGUGAAGAGGACAAACAGAAGUGUUCAAGCUUCAGGACUAACUACUUCCUCACUAAUGAACCGUCAGCCUGUCAGUCAUCUCCACACUUCUGUCAUGUGUACUGUCCUGCACUAUUAGAGAAGCAGCAGCAGGUUAAUCUCCCACUCACCAGUCUGUCAUCUCCUCAGGUGUUUCAGAAGCUCCAUGUGCAGCUUUAUGAGCGUUGAUUGUUGCAGAUCAAGUAUAGCACGGGAAACGUGGAAUAAAGGUCAGAUGUUAAUCAACAGUCAUUCAAUCAUCUUUACUCCACUUAACCUGCGCUCCUGCACAUCCACCAUGUUUGUAGUUUCUUAUAUUGUUUCACCUGUGUUUGUAGUUCUAAUAGAAUUCAGAUCUAAAGUGCAGUGCAUUGUGGGUAAUAAUAGUCAUUAGGCAUCUGCUCCUCCAUGCCGAGCUAGUGUGUUUCCCAUACUGAGACACUUCCGGUGAUCCGUUAU